AUGUCUCAACAGUCAAAUCCUCAAUCUCCCUCGAAAGUAUCCGCUUCCUCUACUCGUGCUCAAGACGCUACGAAUGUCCCCAUUAACCCUAAUGUGAUACUUGAGGUCACCCCUUUACAGAUGGUGAAUCCAUACGAUCUUGUGGCAAAAAGGCCAAGGACAUCGCAUGCACGAAAAACUAAAGAAACAAUAAGGAGACCUAAAAAGACCAAUUCUGAUCAGACUUCUCAAUCGUCUGUUCCUCCCUCAAUGGAAGAAUUAACUAAAGAAGGCUCUAGGUAUGAUCACAACGCCAUUGCUAAAAUUGUUACCCAUAUCCUAAAUGAGAAUAAUGUUACACCUAGGAUCUCUGUUCCUUUAAAUUCUGUGCUUCCUGAGUCACAUGACAAUACGCAUGUUAGUGACAAUGCUGGUAACUCUGUCCAAGCAAACGAUGAUAGGAAUACGAAUGUUAAUGAAGAAAAUAUUGUUGAUAAUGAUGUCGAUGAUGCUGUCAAUAGAAAUGAUGCUGUGAAUAUGGAUGUGCAUGUGGAUGACAAUAAUAAGAAUGAUGAUGUGGAAGAUAUUGUUGGUAAGGACGAUGUUAUUGCUGAUAAUGAUCACACUGAGGUCCCUGUUGGUGAUGUGUACAAUGAAGAUGUACCUAGUAAUGUUUCUGUUGAUAAGUAUGAGAGCCACAACGAAGAUGGUCAAACUGGAGAAAAAGAACCUGAGAAGACCCAUGCUUAUAAAGUAAUCAACCUUGAUGAUCUCUCUGAUGAUGACCUGGUUGCUUCUAUCAAUCCAAGCAUAGCCAAAAGGAUUAUGAGGAGGAAAGGAAAGCAAGUUGUGGCUGAGGAUUCUAUGAAGAAAAAGGUUGUGGUUAAUCCCACUUCUGUUGGACCCAAAAAAUCACGGAGCAAAGUGAAAAGACUGGCCUUAGAGGGGGAGCUUGCUCAGAAUGCUCUUGAGUGUGAAGAUAUUGUGAAUCUCAUUCAUGAAGAUGGACUGAUAAAAAUUGUGACUAAAUUCUCUAAGUGCUAUGAAGUCCUUGUGAAGGAGUUCAUUGUGAACUUACAUGAAGACUGUGGUAAUAAGAAAGCUAAAGAUUACUUGAAAGUGUUUGUCAGGGGAAAAUGUGUUAAUUUCUCCCCCACUGUGAUCAAAAAAUUUCUGGACAGAUCCAAUGAAGCUCAACCGGAGCUGGAAGCAUCUGAUAAUCAGAUGUGCAAAGUAAUUACUGCUGGACAAGUAAAGACACGGCCUGUCAAAGAAAAGUUGAAUGCUAGCAAACUGAGUGUGAAGUAUGCUAUACUUCACAGGAUUGGAGCUGCCAACUGGGUGCCUACUCAACACAAGUCUACAAUUUCUGCUAUCCUAGGUAAAUUCAUCUUUGCUAUUGGUACUAAGACCAAAGUUGACUAUGGAACUUAUAUUUUUGAGCAAAAUUUAAAGCAUGAUGAUAGCUAUAGUGUUAAAGGCCCCAUUGCCUUCCCUUCCCUUAUUUGUGGAAUCAUCUUGAAUCAAUUUCCUAAUGUUCUGAGUGACAAAUAUUCUGUGUGCAAAAGGGCAAGUCCUUCACUCUUUCAUCAUAAGCUCUUUCAAGGAACAUAUGUUCCUGACGUUGUCACAACAUCAGCUGGAACAUCCAAAGAUAACACAACUACAAGUAAAGCUUCUAUGAUUGUAAUACUCAGAGAAACAUGUAAGGAGCUAGAGUCCAGAAAACUGGCUCUUGAAAAAUUGAUCAGCUCCUGA